GUAAGCUAAAGGCUAACACUUCAACUGUGAACCAUUUCAAGUGUCUUGGUCGUAAAACCAAACCAUAUUUUAUGAUUCCUCUUUAGGGGAGUAGCCUUUCCUCUAAACAAUAAAUGGUCACGUCACAUUACGGAUGAUUUUUCUGAUGUUUUGCAGUGCUAGUGAGGCGGGGUCGUGACAACAAGGCAGAGUUGGUGCUUCUGGACCACGGCCUGUACGAAUACCUCAGUCCACGCGACAGAGCGGCUCUCUGUAAACUGUGGAGGUCCAUAGUCCUGCGGGAUGAAGCCGCCAUGGAGAGGCACUCCAGAGCCCUGGGGGUCAAAGAGUACCUGCUGUUCAGCGAGAUGCUUCUUCAGCGGCCAAUCAACAUGCAGGAGUUCGGCCUGUCGAACAUCCUGAGUGGGGAGGAGACGGCCUACAUGCGUCAGAUGGCCCUGCAGCGCUUCGACAGCAUCAUGGCCGUCCUGAAGGCCAUGCCUCGACCCAUGCUGCUCGUCUUCAGAAACAUCAACACGGUGCGGAGCAUCAACAUCAGCCUGGGGGCGCCGGUGGACCGCUACUGCGUCAUGGCCAAGAC